AUGGUUUCUUCUUCGCCAUUUGAUCCGGCGAAGAAGGCGAAGAACGUCCGAACCCAAUCGAAGAACAAUAGCAUCAAAACGACGCGUCGUUUGAAUCAAAUGGAGACGACCCAGCACCCGUUAGAUCCGGUCGCCGGAGCCGCUGCUGAAGAAUCACCACCCGUGGCAUCCGUCCCCCGAAGCAGGACGACGCCCGGCGUGGCAUCGGUGGUCGGACGGGCUAGGACGAUGACCGACGCCGUGAAGGUCGUGCCGCUGCUCGAAAUCGGCGGGUUCGAGAAUCAAUUCGAUUUCUUCGCCGUCUACGGCGGCGGUGGCGCCGCCGCCGCCUGCGAAGCCGGGUUGCAUCUCACGGUGGCGACGGAGGCGGAGAGCAUGAGAGGUAGCAGCAGCGCAGCAGGGGAAUUCUGCAGGGGAUGGGAAUACUGGAACAGAGUGAUGAGUAGCAGCUUUCAGGAGAUGGAGGACGAGAUUCGCCGGGCGGCGGCGGAGGAAUCCGAUGGGAGAGGGAGGAAAUCUGGACGAUGGACGGCGGUUGUGGUGAUGGUGGGGAAGGAAGAGAUAGUGGUGGCUGAUAGCAAUAGCAUCGCCGGAGAUUUUAGAGCUGUUCUUUAUCGCGGCGGAGUUGCCCUGCCUCUAUCGCGAGAUGAUGGAAACAGAGUAAAGUCCGGUGAUCUCUCAAAUUGCAAAAGGAGGAGAAGAAAUCGGCGAAUUGGGUUCGGUUGCCCGCGUCCACACAUCAAAUUCCGUCCAAUUAUAAAACGGAUCCGGUCUCUCUCCAUUUCGACUUCUUCUAGGCUCAGUCGCCAUUUGGACAGACGUAAUGAUCAGCCGGCGGCGGCGGAGCGGAAACAGGGGAAGGACAGUACUGGGAACAUCAACAGUGACAUUGUUGGAAUUAUUGGAGAUCGUGUUCGUCAUCGCCGAGUGAAGCCGGAGGUGACAGUUACAGAGCGGGGCGAAUUGUCGUCGGAGGAAUUCGUGGUGAUCGGAUCGAAGGGGUUGUGGGAUGUGGUCUCGAAUGAGCUUGCCUGUGAUGUCGUCGCGAAAUGCUUCAGUGGGGGGAUGAAGAUGAGAUUUGCCGACGACACGACGGAGAACUGCGCGGCGGCGUUUCUGGCGGAACUGGCGAUGGCUCGAGGGAGCCCGGAUAAUGUCAGUGCUAUAGUUGUGAAGCUGUAG